AUGUAAGAGAAGGGAAGGGGAGCCGGGAGUGGCUGGAUAACACCCACGGAGGGCUGCGAGCGAGGGCCGGCGGAGGGGGAAGACCUGGCGUGAGCACAGGGCAGGCCCGAGCAGCAGCAGCAGCAGGAGGAGCAGGAGCAGAGGAGCAGAGGGUUUUAGGAAGAAUCUGAUGGUGAAGAGAGGCUAAGGAGAAGACUCAGGAUGACGACGACGGUAGCGACAGAUUACGACAACAUUGAAAUCCAACAGCAGUACAGCGACGUCAACAACCGCUGGGAUGUCGACGACUGGGACAAUGAGAACAGUUCUGCUCGGCUCUUUGAGCGCUCCCGCAUCAAGGCCCUGGCUGAUGAACGUGAGGCAGUUGCGAAGAAGACCUUCACCAAGUGGGUGAAUUCCCACUUGGCUCGUGUGUCCUGCCGAAUUACAGACCUGUACACUGACCUUCGAGAUGGGAGGAUGCUCAUCAAACUCCUGGAAGUGCUUUCAGGAGAGAGACUUCCUAAACCAACUAAAGGAAGGAUGCGCAUCCAUUGCCUGGAGAAUGUGGAUAAAGCCCUCCAGUUCCUGAAGGAGCAACGAGUGCACCUAGAAAACAUGGGAUCUCAUGAUAUUGUGGAUGGGAAUCACAGGCUGACACUUGGCCUUAUUUGGACCAUUAUCCUGAGAUUCCAGAUCCAAGAUAUCAGCGUUGAAACUGAGGACAACAAAGAGAAGAAAUCUGCUAAAGAUGCUUUGCUUUUGUGGUGCCAGAUGAAAACAGCUGGGUACCCCAACGUCAAUAUCCACAACUUUACAACAAGCUGGAGGGAUGGGAUGGCGUUCAAUGCACUGAUCCAUAAGCACAGGCCUGAUCUGAUUGAUUUUGACAAGCUGAAGAAAUCAAAUGCACACUACAAUCUGCAGAAUGCUUUUAACCUUGCAGAGCAGCACCUUGGUCUUACCAAGCUCCUGGACCCUGAGGAUAUCAGUGUUGAUCACCCUGAUGAAAAGUCAAUCAUCACCUAUGUGGUGACAUAUUACCACUACUUCUCCAAGAUGAAGGCUUUGGCUGUCGAAGGAAAACGUAUCGGAAAGGUGCUUGACAAUGCCAUUGAAACAGAGAAAAUGAUAGAAAAAUACGAGUCCCUGGCUUCUGACCUGCUGGAGUGGAUUGAGCAAACCAUUAUCAUCCUCAACAAUCGCAAAUUCGCCAACUCCCUGGUUGGGGUGCAGCAGCAGCUGCAGGCAUUCAACACUUACCGCACAGUGGAGAAACCACCCAAAUUUACAGAAAAAGGAAACCUGGAAGUGCUGCUUUUUACCAUCCAAAGCAAAAUGAGAGCCAACAAUCAGAAAGUGUACAUGCCGAGGGAGGGCAAACUCAUCUCUGACAUUAACAAGGCCUGGGAAAGACUGGAAAAAGCUGAACAUGAAAGAGAACUGGCACUGCGAAAUGAGCUCAUCAGACAAGAGAAACUGGAACAACUUGCACGGAGAUUCGAUCGCAAGGCAGCUAUGAGAGAAACUUGGCUGAGUGAAAAUCAACGUCUCGUUUCUCAGGACAAUUUUGGCUUUGACCUCCCAGCAGUGGAGGCUGCCACGAAGAAGCACGAGGCCAUCGAGACGGACAUCGCGGCGUACGAGGAGCGGGUUCAGGCCGUGGUGGCGGUGGCGAAGGAGCUCGAGACUGAAAACUACCACGACAUCAAACGCAUCACUGCAAGGAAGGACAAUGUCAUCCGCCUGUGGGAGUAUCUCCUGGAGCUGCUCCGGGCACGGAGACAGCGGCUGGAGAUGAACCUUGGGCUGCAGAAGAUUUUCCAGGAAAUGCUGUACAUUAUGGACUGGAUGGACGAGAUGAAGGUGCUUUUGCUGUCCCAAGACUACGGCAAACAUUUGUUGGGAGUUGAGGACCUGCUGCAGAAACAUGCUCUGGUGGAAGCUGACAUCGCUAUUCAGGCUGAGAGAGUAAGAGGGGUCAAUGCCUCUGCUCAGAAGUUUGCCACUGAUGGAGAAGGUUACAAGCCCUGUGACCCGCAGGUGAUCAGGGACCGCGUGGCUCACAUGGAGUUCUGCUACCAGGAGCUCUGCCAGCUCGCGGCCGAGCGCCGUGCGCGCCUUGAGGAGUCCCGGCGCCUCUGGAAAUUCUUCUGGGAAAUGGCUGAAGAGGAGGGCUGGAUCAGGGAGAAGGAGCAGAUCCUGUCAUCUGAUGACUAUGGGAAGGACCUAACCAGUGUUGUCCGACUCUUGAGUAAACACAAGGCGUUUGAGGAUGAGAUGAGUGGCCGCAGUGGCCACUUUCAGCAGGCGAUAAAAGAAGGUGAAGACAUGAUCGCGGAAGAGCAUUUUGGGUCUGAGAAGAUCAGAGAAAGAAUUAAGGAUAUCCGGGAGCAGUGGGCUAACCUGGAGCAGUUAUCUGCCAUUAGGAAGAAGCGGCUGGAGGAAGCCUCUCUCCUUCACCAGUUCCAGGCUGAUGCUGAUGAUAUUGACGCGUGGAUGUUGGACAUCCUCAAGAUUGUCUCCAGUAAUGAUGUUGGCCAUGAUGAAUAUUCCACUCAGUCCUUGGUCAAGAAACACAAAGAUGUGGCUGAAGAGAUUGCGAGCUACCGGCCGACCAUCGACUCUCUUCACGAGCAGGCCAAGGCCCUGCCGCAGGAGCACGCGGAGUCUCCAGAUGUGCAAGGCAGGUUGUCCGGAAUCGAGGAGAGAUACAAAGAGGUUGCUGAGCUGACCCGGCUGCGUAAACAGGCCCUGCAGGAUACCCUCGCUCUCUAUAAGAUGUUCAGUGAGGCAGAUGCUUGUGAGCUUUGGAUCGACGAAAAGGAGAAAUGGCUGAAUAAUAUGCAGAUUCCAGAGAAGCUGGAGGACCUGGAAGUGAUCCAGCACAGGUUUGAAAGCUUGGAGCCAGAAAUGAACAACCAGGCAUCCCGUGUGGCCGUGGUGAACCAGAUUGCCAGGCAGCUGAUGCACAGUGGCCACCCCGGGGAGAAGAUCAAAGCACAGCAAGAUAAACUCAACACAAGGUGGAGCCAGUUCCGAGAACUGGUAGAUAGGAAGAAGGAUGCUCUGCUCUCUGCUCUGAGUAUCCAGAACUACCAUCUUGAAUGUAAUGAAACCAAAUCCUGGAUCAGGGAAAAGACCAAAGUGAUUGAGUCCACACAAGAUCUGGGUAACGACCUGGCUGGAGUGAUGGCCUUGCAGAGGAAGCUGACGGGCAUGGAACGGGACCUGGUGGCCAUCGAAGCCAAGCUCAGUGACCUGCAAAAGGAGGCAGAGAAACUGGAAUCAGAGCAUCCUGACCAGGCACAAGCCAUCCUUUCACGGCUUGCAGAGAUCAAUGACGUGUGGGAAGAAAUGAAGACCACCCUGAAGAACCGGGAAGAGUCCCUGGGAGAGGCCAGCAAGCUGCAGCAGUUCCUGAGAGAUCUGGAUGACUUCCAGUCCUGGCUCUCCAGAACACAGACUGCAAUUGCCUCCGAAGAUAUGCCCAACACCCUGACAGAGGCUGAGAAGCUGCUCACUCAGCACGAGAAUAUCAAGAAUGAAAUCAACAACUACGAGGAAGAUUAUCAGAAGAUGAGGGACAUGGGUGAGAUGGUGACACAAGGGCAAACUGACGCUCAGUACAUGUUCCUACGCCAGCGCCUACAGGCUUUGGACACCGGAUGGAAUGAGCUUCACAAAAUGUGGGAGAACAGGCAAAAUCUCCUUUCCCAGUCUCAUGCCUACCAGCUGUUUCUCAGAGAUACCAAGCAAGCAGAAGCUUUCCUUAAUAACCAGGAGUAUGUUCUGGCACACACAGAGAUGCCAACCACCUUGGAAGGAGCAGAAGCUGCUAUUAAAAAGCAGGAGGAUUUCAUGACCACCAUGGAUGCCAAUGAAGAAAAGAUCAAUGCAGUUGUGGAGACGGGCAGGAGGCUUGUUAGUGAUGGGAACAUUAACUCUGAUAAAAUCCAGGAGAAGGUGGACUCAAUUGAUGACAGACAUAGGAAGAACCGUGAAGCAGCCAGUGAACUUUUGAUGAGACUGAAAGAUAACAGGGAUCUCCAAAAGUUUCUUCAGGAUUGCCAAGAGCUCUCCCUCUGGAUCAAUGAGAAGAUGCUCACAGCCCAGGAUAUGUCUUAUGAUGAGGCGAGGAACCUACACAGCAAGUGGCUGAAGCAUCAGGCAUUCAUGGCAGAGCUUGCAUCCAACAAAGAGUGGCUGGAGAAGAUUGAAAAGGAGGGAAUGCAGCUCAUUGCAGAGAAACCAGAGACUGAGGCCGUGGUGAAGGAGAAGCUGACAGGUCUCCACCAAAUGUGGGACGAGCUUGAAUCCACCACCCAGACCAAGGCUCAGCGUCUCUUCGAUGCAAACAAGGCAGAGCUUUUCACCCAGAGCUGUGCAGACCUGGAUAAGUGGCUGAAUGGUUUGGAGAGCCAAAUCCAGUCGGAUGACUACGGAAAAGAUCUCACCAGUGUCAACAUCCUGUUGAAGAAGCAACAGAUGCUGGAGAAUCAAAUGGAUGUCCGUAAGAAGGAGAUAGAGGAGCUGCAAAGCCAGGCAAGGGCUUUGAGCCAAGAGGGCAAGAGCACAGAUGAAGUUGAUGGCAAACGCCUUACUGUAGAAAAGAAAUUCUUGGAGCUGCUGGAGCCUUUGAAUGAGAGAAAGGCCAACCUGCUGGCCUCCAAAGAGAUCCACCAGUUCAACCGGGAUGUGGAAGAUGAAAUUUUGUGGGUCGGAGAGAGGAUGCCCAUAGCUACAUCUACUGAUCAUGGACACAAUCUCCAGACUGUGCAGCUACUAAUAAAGAAAAAUCAGACCCUUCAGAAAGAAAUCCAGGGCCACCAGCCUCGUAUCGAUGACAUUUUUGAGAGAAGUCAGAACAUCAUCACAGAGAGCAGCCCCAAUGCUGAAGUCAUUCAGCAGAGACUUGCAGACUUGAAGCAGCUGUGGAACCUCCUCAUCGAGGAGACAGAGAAGCGCCACAAGCGCCUGGAGGAGUCUCACAGGGCUCAGCAGUAUUACUUCGAUGCAGCCGAGGCUGAGGCCUGGAUGAGUGAGCAGGAGCUCUACAUGAUGUCAGAAGAGAAAGCCAAGGAUGAACAGAGUGCAGUGUCCAUGCUGAAGAAACACCAGAUUUUGGAACAAGCAGUAGAAGAUUAUGCUGAAACUGUGCACCAGCUUUCAAAGACCAGCAGAACUUUGGUGGCAGAUAAUCACCCAGAAAGCGAGCGCAUCAGCAUGCGCCAGUCCAAGGUGGACAAGCUCUAUGCAGGCCUGAAGGACCUUGCAGAGGAGAGGAGGGGCAAGCUGGACGAGAGGCACCGGCUUUUCCAGCUCAACCGCGAGGUGGAUGACCUGGAGCAGUGGAUUGCCGAGAGGGAGGUGGUGGCAGGGUCCCACGAGCUGGGCCAGGACUACGAGCACGUCACGAUGCUGCAGGAGCGGUUCCGGGAGUUCGCCCGGGACACCGGGAACAUCGGGCAGGAGCGGGUGGACACUGUCAACCACAUGGCUGAUGAGCUCAUCAACUCCGGCCACUCGGACGCUGCCACGAUCGCCGAGUGGAAGGACGGACUCAAUGAGGCCUGGGCGGAUCUCCUGGAGCUCAUUGACACGAGAACACAAAUCCUUGCAGCCUCUUAUGAACUGCACAAAUUUUACCACGAUGCCAAGGAGAUCUUAGGACGUAUCCAAGACAAACAUAAGAAACUGCCCGAGGAGCUUGGUAGAGACCAAAACACAGUGGAAACACUACAGAGAAUGCACACGACGUUUGAGCACGAUAUCCAGGCCCUGGGCACCCAGGUGCGACAGCUGCAGGAGGAUGCAGCGCGCCUCCAGGCUGCCUACGCCGGGGACAAGGCUGAUGACAUCCAGAAGAGGGAAAACGAGGUCCUAGAGGCAUGGAAGGCACUGCUGGAUGCCUGUGAAGGCCGCAGGGUGAGGCUGGUGGACACAGGAGACAAAUUCCGCUUCUUCAGCAUGGUUCGGGAUCUCAUGCUCUGGAUGGAAGAUGUUAUCCGGCAGAUAGAAGCCCAGGAAAAGCCAAGGGAUGUUUCAUCUGUGGAACUGCUCAUGAACAAUCACCAGGGGAUCAAAGCAGAAAUUGAUGCCCGAAAUGACAGCUUCACUACGUGUAUUGAGCUUGGCAAGUCUCUGCUGGCCAGGAAACAUUAUGCAUCUGAGGAGAUCAAGGAAAAGCUCCUGCAGCUGACAGAAAAGAGAAAAGAAAUGAUUGACAAAUGGGAAGACAGAUGGGAGUGGCUGAGACUGAUUUUGGAGGUGCACCAGUUCUCCAGAGAUGCAAGCGUGGCUGAGGCCUGGCUGCUGGGACAGGAGCCCUACCUGUCCAGCCGUGAAAUAGGGCAGAGCGUUGAUGAGGUGGAGAAAUUAAUCAAGCGGCACGAAGCGUUUGAGAAAUCCGCAGCUACCUGGGACGAGAGGUUUGCAGCACUGGAGAGACUGACCACGGUGGCAGAAACUGCAGAAACCAACGAAAUGGUCAAUGGAGCUGCAGAACAGAGGACGAGUUCCAAAGAGUCCAGCCCCAUUCCUUCCCCGACGUCAGACCGCAAAGCCAAGAGCGGCGUUCAGGCCCAGACUGCUGCAACCCUCCCAGCCAAAACGCAGGAGAUCCCCUCAGCCCAGAUGGAGGGCUUCUUACACCGCAAGCACGAGUGGGAGACACACAGCAAGAAAGCCUCCAGCAGGUCAUGGCAUAACGUGUACUGUGUCAUAAACAACCAAGAGAUGGGCUUCUACAAGGACUCAAAAGCUGCUGCUUCUGGCAUCCCUUACCACAACGAGAUCCCUGUCAGUUUGAAGGACGCAGUCUGCGAAGUAGCAGUCGAUUACAAAAAGAAGAAGCAUGUGUUCAAGCUCAGAUUGACCGAUGGCAACGAAUACCUCUUCCAAGCCAAAGACGAUGAGGAGAUGAACACGUGGAUUCAGGCCAUCACAUCAGCGAUCUCUUCGGACAAAAUCGAAGUGUCCCCGACCACCCAGAGCACUCCAGCCUCCAGCCGUGCCCAGACCCUGCCUGCCAGCGUCACAAUAACCAGCGAGUCCAGCCCUGGCAAGAGGGAGAAAGACAAAGAGAAAGACAAAGAGAAAAGAUUCAGCCUUUUUGGUAAAAAGAAGUGAAUUCCAUCUCCACACACUGCACUUCUCUGACCGUUCCAGUGGAAUUCCAGCAUGCGAGCUCAGAACCAAUACGUUACUCUCUGUGCCUCAUGUUCCUCAAUGUGAUUGACAUUUUUUUAUUUAUAGAGCGUUUUAAAAUAAAAAAAGCCAACAAAAAAAAAAAAGAAUCUAAAGUUACAAACGUAUGAGGUGCAUUGGGCAGCUUCUGUAGGAGAGGGAGGACCAGGUUUUGGGGGUUUGUUUUUGUUUGGGUUUUUUGUUUUUUGUUUUUUUUUUUUUUUUUAAAUGAAGUUAAUGUAGAUUAGAUCUUAAUAUUUAAACUGUUCCUCAAUUUUGUGAGGCUGUCUUGGAAAAUAACCCACUCCUAGUGCUAUUGGUAUGCAAGGCAGCGGUGCUUUCGAAUCUACUGUGCACAUGAGAAACCAAUGUACAAAUUCUCAAAGGCAUUCACUUCCAGUUAAGGUUGUUAUGCUGAGUCCUGGCUAGUAGAGCCUUCCCCUGCGAUUCUAACAGGAAUUAAAAUGGUAGUGUGUUCUCUUUGCUGUAACAGAGUGCAGGUAUGCGUUGACUCACAGCCCAAGGUUUGUUUAACACCACCCGAAGCGUCCCCGCAUCGAGUACGACAGAUAAGAAUGUUGGUGUUCAAGAUGGAUUAACAGGCUGGUACAGUUUUAAAUAAGCUGUAAUUUCAAAUUUCUUUUUUUUUUUUUUUUUUUUUUUUUCCGAAAUACAUUAUAUUGUAUGUUUCAGAUAAUUCUAGUACAAAGUAUAAUAAGACUAGAUGUAUAAUAAACCCUUUAAAAUCAUCAAUAAGUGUAAAAGUGGAACUGAAGCAUUUACUGGAAAAGUAAUGUUACUCAAAUGGUUACUUGCUUGUCAGCUGCAGCACUGUGUGUUAUAAUUUUGCUACAUUACCUUGCUCUUUGAUACAUAGUGUGCAUUUCUGUCACUGUAACUAUUGUAAUGAAAAAUUUUCAUCUUACUGCACAAUCAAAAAUUACAUUUAAUAGGAAUGAACUUUCAAUGACUGGGCCUGUAGUCAAGAGUAGUACUGGAACUGGCUUUCAGUUGUAUCGAACUGUACCUCUAGACUUUUACCCUAUCUGUUAAAUAUAUGCGAUGUCAUUAAAUGCUUUUAAAACUAAAUAUGCUGGGUAAGUUUCUUAUUUCAUUUCUGACAAUGUUAAAUCAUAAUUUUGAAAGAGGAUCAAAAAUAAAGUUAUUUUAAAAUGUCA